GUCGGACCAGCUUCCAGCCCAGUCAUUAGCAAUCGACCGAAAAAGCCAUCAUUGACCAGAUCUGCUUCCUUUUUUACACACACGACCAACCUAAAUCAAUUUUGCCCUGCUUUGUGGCCGAGAAUAGCAAAACUUCGAAUCCACGAGACGUUAAUACUGACCAAUCAACCCCCCGCUAAUUGCUUGCUGAAAUCUGCAUUGUCGUCCGAGUCGCUCACAUCGCUCCCGGCGAACCCUCGAAUCCAGCCCAGCCGUUGGACGUAGAAUCCGACCAACGCUACGCUGUUAUUUUUUUAGCCAAAGCUCAUAGGCCGACAGUCAUUUCGUCUCACCCGAUUCUUUCGCUUCUUCCUUGCUUUCACUCUGGAAAUAGCCGUGUUUAUUCAAACACGGCAGGAUAAUUCGCUAUAGCAGCGUCUGUCGGAGUAGGAGUUUUAUGCUUCUUGGGAUGCAUGAUGGCACGAUAUAGCGAGAGUACAUCCCCCGAAUCGACGACAUCCCCAAUGUUCCCCGAUCGUCCAAUCCACCCGUUACCUAAACGUCGCCUUCGCGAAAGACUUUCCCCCGAAGUUGCCGAUUCAAUCGAGUACCCGCCAACGCCACCAACUAGCGUCUUCUACUACCCCUACAAAGAGGAGGAUCCCGAUGUUUGCAAUGGCAAUCACUGUUCCAAUGGAGCCACGCAGAACGGCGAGGAGGAAGAUCCGUCGCGGGUGCGGAGAAGUCAGGCCGUGCCGCGGUCUGCUCCGAGCAUUCGCUCGAUACCCUUCCGACUAGCCCAGAAGCAAGACCCCGUCUAUAGUAGCUAUUCACAGCUUCCGCAUUCAACGGCUUCCUCGAUAGACGGUUACGAUACGUUCGAAAACACAAACAACAAGAAGAAACGCAAGGUUCCUGAUACCGCUUUGGGUCACUCGUUGAAUGAUUUAGGGACUGGACAAUCCUCGCCUUCGACCCCGGUCCGCGUCGUCCACCAGGACGGUUGUGACGCGAGCUGCAGCGCAUAUCAUUCUAUGGGCUCCGGUAGCCCAGGUCUUUCUGGACCCGGGAGGGGCCGGUUCGGCCGCAAUAGAACUGGUAGGAGCCCUUUGUCAGAGAGCAACAGAAACAAUAGAAUGAGACCUUCAAUGCGCUGGUCUCCAUUGUCAGUUGAUAAACACCCCCCUUCCCACCAGGGCCAAGAGAACGUCAGCCUCCUCGAUCUUCAACGAAGUUCCAAGUCAAGCCCAGGGUCAGGUCAGUUUACAUUCACCUGCGAGUCUCAAGUCCCUGGGUCUGCAAGCUGGCCCGGGUCCCACGGCAGGACGCCCAAUGGGACGCCCAUCCCACCUAGACACGACGUUUCUGGUAAUUCAUCAAGGCCGCCUUGGCCCAGCGGUGUUCCUGCAGGCCACCACUCGGGCCCCGUGCCACCAAACUCGAGAGCAAUGCCGGGACCUCCGCCAGGGGCUCAGCCCCCGCCUCCGCGACCCCGUCGCCGACGUACGAAGGCCGGCGAGUACGCCAAGGCAGCCCAGGAUCGGCAGAAUCAGAAGCAGCACGAAAAGUGCAGGGGUGUUCAUGACGAAGAACACUGGCUAUGUUUAUUCUGCGAGUACGAAGACAUCUUUGGCGAGAAGCCAAUGGCGUUGAUCCGGUCAUACGAAAAAAAGGACAGGCAGAGGCGUAAGGAUGAGGCCGAGCGCCGCCGGCUUUUGGAAAAAGCCAAGGCUAGAGGCCGGAAAGGCAAGAAAACGGUCGCCGGCAAGGGCACGGGAACGGGCAAGGGUUCUCACGACCCGGGGCAUGACUAUCACGCCCAUGGUGCUCACGAGCCUGUGGUUGGAGGUCGCAGUCAUAAUCACGAUCAUCACACAUGCGGCCAACAUCCUUCGCAUCAUCACCAUCAUCAUCAUCAUCAUCACUGUAGUGUGAGUCAUUCAGUGCAUUGCGACGACCCCAAUCACCACCAUGAGUACGAGGACGAGCAUGAUUACCAUGGUCAUCACGAGUAUGAUGAUCAUUACGAUGACCUCGCCUCGCCGGAGGGAGAAGGGAAUGAUACCUUGGACACAAAGAGCAGCGACUCCCAGGACGGACAUCUUCACAAGAGAGUAGCAGCAGGUGGUGGCGCUGCUGGGCCGCCGGGUCACGCUCGGCCUCCUGAUAUGGCGUCGGCAGCAGUAGCGUCACGCAACGGACCGCCCCCGGUCCGAGUCUAGAGCGAGAGGAUCGGAGGUCUGUAUUCGCAUGUCUUCCACCGAACUGACGGCUUUGAUACUGCCUUGUUUCCACUCUGGCAGGGGUUUUUCAAGAAACCCACAACACCAGACAACAUCAAUCCAGACUGUUGAACAGUUGCCCAUGUGUCUACGGGAAAUGGUGGUGAUGGUCAGAUGGCUUUGUCUUGGUGAGAUUCUUGCCUUUCGGCUCUGUGCUAGAAAGCGGUGGAAGACCGGAGCAGUUGCACUUAGUUCUGUUAGUUUCGCACACAACCCAUGUGCUCACGCUCUUUCACUCCCCGAAGAAUCUACUCCUCUCCAAACCCAGCCCCUAUCCGUACAAACAGCAGCCACAACACCAGUUAAAUAAGCACUUCAUGGCCCCACCACAUCCCCUGAUAAACAAGAAAUGAAAAAAAAAGAAAAAUCAAAAAAAAAAAAAUUUCGAAGCCCUUUGUCAUGGCUAAUUUGCACCUGUUAGCGGGGUUCGAGUAUUGAUACUUAUCAGUUCGCAACCACUGACUCAAAUCUCAUGCAUGCAAGAAAAGCGUCAAUACAAGGUGUCUUGGGAAUAAACUCUGGUUGGGUAUUGCACUUGAUUGGUCAAUCAUGCAUAAGUAGCGCAGGACGGUUUGGUCUCGGUUCUUUUCUAGUAUAUGGCCUAUCUAUCCCAUGCCUUGUAUGCAAAGCGAACAUCAGUUUCCCCAGCAGCGCAAGAUAGCUUAUAUAGAGGACCAAGUCAAUUUGCAGGAUAGACCAUUAAGUAUCAAGUUCACUCCCAGAUA